ACCUCCCCGCGCGGCGCUGCCGGGCAGCUAUAAAAGGAGCGGCGGGUUCGCGCCCCUCGCCUUGCAGCAGCUCCCGGGCGGCCGCGCAGCUCACCGCACUGCUCCGCGCACGGGGCCGGGGCUCCGCGCCGCGGGGAGACCGCCGGGGCAGCCAGUGAAUGUCCAGCCACAGUGUCCCUGCCGUGUGCUGCUGCUGCUGCACAGGGGGAGCUUCCAGGGCUUGCUGAAGGAAGAUGGCUUUCUGGACACAGUUGGGGUUGCUGCUAUGGAAGAACUUCACGUACAGGAGAAGGCAGACAUUUCAGCUGCUGAUUGAAGUUGCUUGGCCUCUCUUUAUCUUCUUCAUACUGAUCUCCGUACGCCUUUCAUAUCCACCCUACGAACAACAUGAAUGUCACUUUCCAAACAAGGCAAUGCCUUCAGCGGGAACCUUGCCCUGGCUCCAAGGGAUUAUCUGUAAUGCCAACAACCCUUGCUUCCGCUACCCAACGCCCGGGGAAUCCCCAGGUGUCGUCGGAAACUUCAACAGGUCUAUCAUUUCCCGCUUGUUCUCUGAUGCCAAGAGGUUGCUCUUGUACAGCCAGAAGGACAGCAGCUUAAAGGAUGCUCAGAAACUCCUGGCAAAACUGCAGAAGCUUGGGAACUCUGGCUCAGGUUUGAAACUUCGGGAUUUCCUGGUCGACAACGAGACCUUCUCAGACUUUCUCCAUCAUAAUGUUUCCAUGCCGUCGUUUGCUGUGGAUGAGAUACUGAAUGCAGAGGUCAACCUCAAGCAGGUCAUCCUGUCUGGCUAUAGAAUGGAGCUGAGAGAUCUGUGCAAUGCGUCAGAGCUGUCUGAAUUUGUUACAAUCCACAGCCCGAUAGUCGCGGUGGUCAGCGAAGCUUUCCUUUGCACCAUGCCUAAGGAAAAACUCCACGCAGCUGAGCAAGCCUUUCGUGCUAAUAUAGACCUUUUGAAGCCUGUACUGAAAGGAAUCACCUCCAAUUCCUCCUUACAUGAUCUGUCAGGAGCCCUGGAAACCUUGGUGGAGAGUCUUGGGAAGCUCGUUCAAGAGCUGGUGAGCAUGAAGAGCUGGAGUGACAUGAGGCAGGAGGUGAUGUUUCUGACCAAUGUGAACUCCACAAGCGCCUCUACUCAGAUCUACCAAGCGGUGUCACGGAUUGUGUGUGGCCAUCCGGAGGGGGGAGGGUUGAAAAUCAAAUCUCUCAACUGGUAUGAGGACAACAACUACAAAGCCCUGUUUGGAGGCAACAGCACCGAGGAGGAUGCAGCUAAUUUCUAUGAUAAUUCUACAACACCCUACUGCAAUGAGCUGCUGAAGAGUCUUGAGUCCAGUCCGCUUUCCCGAAUUAUUUGGAGGGCUCUGAAGCCUUUGCUCAUUGGGAAGAUCCUGUACACUCCUGACACCCCGGUCACGAGGCGGGUCAUGACUGAGGUGAACAAGACUUUCCAGGAGCUGGGCGUGUUCCGGGACCUAGGAGGGAUGUGGGAGGAGAUAAGCCCGAAGAUUUGGACGUUCAUGGAAAGCAGCCAGGAAAUGGAUCUGAUCCGGACACUGCUGAAAAGCAAAGGCCUCUGGGACACUCACUUGAGCGGCUCAACAUGGACGAUUCAAGAUGUUUCCCUGUUCUUGGCAAAGUCCCCAGAAGACAUUCAGCCAGUGAAUGGCUUCACAUAUACCUGGAUGGAUGCCUUCAAUGAGACUGACCGGGCUGUCCAAACCAUCUCUCGCUUCAUGGAGUGUGUUAACCUGGACAAGCUGGAGCCUGUGGCCACAGAAGUGCGGCUCAUAAACAGGUCCAUGGAGCUCCUGGAGGAGAGGAAGUUCUGGGCUGGCAUUGUCUUCCCUGAAAUCACCUCAAACAGUGUAGAGCUGCCUCCUCACAUCAAGUACAAGAUACGGAUGGACAUAGACAAUGUGGAAAGGACAAACAAGAUUAAGGAUGGGUACUGGGACCCCGGUCCUCGUGCCGACCCCUUUGAAGACAUGCGGUAUGUCUGGGGCGGCUUUGUGUACUUGCAGGAUGUUGUGGAGCAGGCGAUCAUCAGGGCACUGACAGGCACAGAGAAGAAGACUGGUGUCUAUGUGCAGCAGAUGCCCUACCCCUGUUACGUGGAUGAUAUAUUCCUGCGUGUCAUGGGCCGUUCCAUGCCCCUCUUCAUGACUCUGGCUUGGAUCUACUCAGUGGCUGUAAUAAUCAAGGGGAUUGUGUACGAGAAGGAAGCCCGGCUGAAGGAGACCAUGAGAAUCAUGGGCCUGGACAAUGGUAUCCUCUGGUUCAGCUGGUUCAUCAGCAGCCUCAUCCCCCUCCUCAUGAGUGCUGGGCUUCUGGUGCUGAUCCUGAAGAUGGGAAACCUGCUGCCCUAUAGCGACCCCAGCGUGGUGUUUGUAUUCCUCUCCGUCUUCGCCGUGGUGACCAUCUUGCAGUGCUUCCUCAUCAGCACCAUGUUCUCCAGGGCCAACUUGGCAACAGCCUGUGGGGGGAUCAUCUAUUUCACCCUCUACCUUCCCUACGUGCUGUGCGUCGCCUGGCAGGACUAUGUGAGCGUCUCGCUGAAAAUGUUCGCGAGCCUACUGUCCCCGGUUGCCUUUGGGUUUGGCUGUGAGUACUUUGCAUUGUUUGAGGAGCAGGGAGUUGGCGUGCAGUGGGACAACCUCUUUGAAAGCCCCCUGGAAGAAGAUGGCUUCAACCUCACCACAUCUGCCUUCAUGAUGUUGUUUGAUACCUUCCUCUAUGGGGUUAUGACCUGGUACAUUGAGUCUGUCUUCCCAGGCCAGUACGGAAUUCCCAGGCCUUGGUACUUCCCCUUCACAAAGUCCUAUUGGUUCGGUGAGGAAUAUGAGGAGAGGCGGCAUGCUCGUUCUGAUCACAAAGGGCCAUCGGAGAACUGCAUGGAGGAGGAACCCAAUCAUCUUAGCCUGGGGGUCUCCAUUCAGAACCUGGUGAAGAUUUAUCGUGAUGGCAAGAAGGUUGCUGUGGAUGGGCUUACACUGAAUUUCUUUGAAGGGCAGAUCACAUCCUUUCUGGGACACAAUGGAGCUGGGAAAACCACAACCAUGUCCAUCUUAACUGGCUUAUUUCCUCCGACCUCGGGCACGGCCUUCAUCCUGGGCAAAGAUAUCCGCUCCGAGCUCAGCACCAUCAGGCAGAACUUGGGUGUCUGUCCCCAGCACAAUGUCCUCUUUGACUUGCUGACUGUGGAAGAGCACAUCUGGUUCUACGCUCGUCUGAAAGGGCUGUCAGAAAAAAAGGUGAAAGAAGAGAUGCAGCAGAUGGUGAUGGAUGUCGGCCUGCCUCACAAACUCAAAGCUAGAACCAGCAAACUCUCUGGUGGCAUGCAGAGAAAGCUGUCUGUGGCCUUGGCCUUUGUGGGUGGAUCAAAGGUUGUCAUUUUGGACGAACCAACAGCUGGGGUGGAUCCUUACUCUCGCCGAGGGAUAUGGGAGCUGCUUCUGAAGUAUCGCCAAGGCCGCACCAUCAUUCUGUCCACACACCACAUGGAUGAGGCAGACAUCCUAGGGGACAGGAUCGCCAUCAUUUCUAAUGGCAAACUGUGUUGCGUUGGCUCUUCCCUGUUCCUGAAGAACCAGCUAGGAACAGGCUAUUACCUGACCCUGGUCAAGAAGGACGUGGACUCUUCUCUGAGCUCCUGCAGAAACAGCAGCAGUACGGUGUCGUACCUGAAAAAGGACGACAGUGUCUCCCAGAGCAGCUCAGAUGCUGGGCUUGGCAGUGACCAUGAAAGUGACACCUUGACAGUAGACGUCUCUGUUAUCUCCAACCUCAUUAUGAAGCACGUUCCUGAGGCCAGGCUGGUAGAGGAGAUUGGCCAUGAGUUAACCUACGUCUUGCCGUAUGAAGCUGCAAGAGAGGGAGCUUUUGUGGAGCUGUUCCAUGAGAUCGACGACCGUCUCUCUGACCUGGGCAUCUCAAGUUACGGCAUCUCAGAGACUACCCUGGAGGAAAUCUUUCUCAAAGUGGCUGAAGAUACUGGGGUGGAUGCAGAGACCUCAGAUGGCACAUUACCUGCAAGAAGGAACAGGCGUGUGUUUGGAGACAGGCAGAGCUGCCUUCAUCCAUUCACGGAAGAUGAUGCUUUCGACCCUAAUGAUUCAGACAUAGAUCCAGAAUCCAGAGAGACAGACCUGCUCAGUGGGAUGGAUGGCAAAGGGUCCUACCAGAUGAAGGGCUGGAAGCUCAUCCGGCAGCAGUUCGUAGCUCUACUGUGGAAGAGGCUGCUCAUUGCCAAGCGCAGCAGGAAGGGUUUCUUCGCCCAGAUCGUACUGCCUGCCGUGUUUGUGUGCAUUGCUCUCAUGUUCAGCCUGAUUGUACCUCCCUUCGGGAAAUACCCCAGCCUGGAACUGCAGCCCUGGAUGUACGAGGAGCAGUAUACCUUUAUCAGCAAUGAUGCGCCAGACGAUGCAGGCACUCAGAAGCUUAUGAACACUCUUCUCAAUGAACCCGGCUUUGGGACCCGUUGUGUGGAAGGACAUUCCAUUCCAGACACUCCUUGCCUGGUCAGAGAGGAUGAAUGGACCACCGCCUCUGUCCCCGACACGGUCCUGGACAUCUUCCUGAAUGGCAACUGGACCAUGGAGAACCCCUCCCCAGCCUGCGAAUGCAGCAAUGAGAAGAUCAAGAAAAUGCUCCCUGUGUGCCCUCCUGGUGCAGGGGGGCUGCCUCCUCCACAGAGAGAACAGAACACUGGUGACAUCCUGCAGAACCUGACGGGCCGGAACAUAUCGGACUAUCUGGUGAAGACCUACGCACAGAUCAUUGGGAAAAGUUUAAGGAACAAGAUCUCGGUGAAUGAGUUCAGGUAUGGUGGGUUUUCAGUGGGUGCCAGCAGUUCCCUCCUGCUUCCUCCCAGUGAUGAAGUCAGUGAUGCCAUCAAGCAAGUGAAGAAAAUCUUGGAGGUAGCCAAGGGGAGUUCUGGAGAUCAGUUUCUUCACAGCUUAGGAAGCUUCAUGAAAGGGAUGGACACAAAAAACAACGUGAAGGUUUGGUUCAAUAACAAAGGCUGGCAUGCCAUUGGCUCCUUCCUGAAUGUGAUCAACAAUGCCAUCCUCCGGGCCAACCUUCAGGACGGCGAGAAUCCCAGCACCUACGGGAUCACCGCGUUCAACCACCCGCUCAACCUCACCAAGCAGCAGCUCUCCGAGGUCGCCCUGAUGACCACGUCGGUGGACGUUUUAGUCUCCAUCUGUGUGAUCUUCGCCAUGUCCUUCGUCCCAGCCAGCUUUGUGGUUUUCUUGAUCCAGGAGCGGGUCAGCAAGGCCAAGCACCUGCAGUUCAUCAGUGGAGUGAAACCGGUGAUCUACUGGCUGGCUAACUUCGUCUGGGAUAUGUGCAACUACAUAGUUCCAGCCACCUUGGUCAUCAUCAUCUUCAUCUGCUUCCAACAGAAGUCCUACGUGUCCUCUUCCAACCUGCCCGCGCUGGCCCUUCUCCUCCUGCUCUAUGGGUGGUCUAUAACACCACUCAUGUACCCAGCUUCCUUUGUGUUCAAGAUCCCCAGCACAGCCUACGUGGUGCUGACCAGUGUGAAUCUCUUCAUUGGCAUAAAUGGCAGCGUGGCCACUUUCGUCCUCGAGCUCUUCACCAACAAUAAGUUGAACAACAUCAAUGAAAUCCUGAAGUCUGUGUUCCUCAUCUUCCCCCACUUCUGCCUGGGGCGCGGACUGAUCGACAUGGUGAAAAAUCAGGCCAUGGCCGAUGCUUUGGAAAGGUUUGGCGAGAACCGUUUUGUGUCCCCUCUGUCCUGGGAUCUGGUGGGACGGAACCUCUUUGCCAUGGCUGUGGAAGGGGCAGUCUUCUUCCUUAUCACAGUGCUCAUCCAAUACAGGUUCUUCAUCAAACCGAGGCCUGUCAGUGCCAAGUUGCCUUCUGUGAAUGAUGAGGACGAGGAUGUGACGAGGGAGAGGCAGAGGAUAAUUAGUGGCGGUGGACAGAGUGACAUCCUUGAAAUCAAAGAGCUGACCAAGAUUUAUAGAAUGAAGAGAAAACCGGCUGUUGACCGGAUCUGUGUUGGAAUCCCUCCUGGGGAGUGCUUUGGCCUCCUGGGAGUGAAUGGCGCUGGCAAGUCAUCAACUUUCAAGAUGCUAACUGGAGAUACAGAUGUGACGGGAGGAGAAGCUUAUCUGAAGGGAAACAGUAUCUUGUCUAAUAUCCAAGGAGUCCAUCAGAACAUGGGCUAUUGCCCUCAGUUUGAUGCUAUUAAUGAGCUGCUGACAGGGAGAGAACAUCUGGAGUUCUUUGCACUUUUACGGGGUGUUCCUGAGAAAGAGGUCUGCCAGGUUGGCGAAUGGGCAAUUCGUAAACUGGGCCUUGUGAAAUAUGGAGAAAAAUAUGCUGGGAACUACAGUGGCGGCAACAGACGCAAGCUCUCCACUGCUGUUGCCCUGAUUGGGAGCCCUCCAGUGGUGUUCCUGGAUGAGCCAACCACGGGAAUGGAUCCCAAAGCACGCCGUUUCUUAUGGAACUGUGCCCUGAGCAUCAUCAAGGAGGGGAGAUCAGUGGUGCUUACAUCUCACAGCAUGGAAGAAUGUGAAGCCCUGUGCACUCGAAUGGCAAUAAUGGUCAACGGGCGGUUCAGGUGUCUUGGCAGCGUCCAGCAUCUGAAGAACAGGUUUGGAGAUGGUUAUACAAUAGUAGUGCGAAUAGCAGGGGCAAACCCUAACCUGAAGCCCGUUCAGGAAUUCUUUGGGCUUGCCUUUCCUGGCAGCGUCCUGAAGGAGAAGCAUCGGAACAUGCUUCAGUACCAGCUCCCAUCCUCGCCAUCCUCUCUGGCUAGGAUAUUUAGUAUCCUCUCCCAGAACAAAAAAAGACUCCACAUAGAAGACUACUCCGUUUCUCAGACUACACUUGACCAAGUAUUUGUAAACUUUGCCAAGGACCAAAGUGAUGAUGACCACACAAAGGACAUGUCAUUGCACAAAAACCAGACUGUUGUGGACAUUGCAAUCCUUACUUCCUUUCUGCAAGAUGAGAAGGUGAAAGAAAGUUGCGUGUGAGCUACCCUAGGCAAGGACAUGGUGUUGAGCAGAAGGACGAUACAGCGCACCUUCCUUUGCAUGGAAUGGGAUAUUCCCAAAGGAGAAAGCUGGAGGAUACAGAGGGAAAGACGUAAACUGGACACUCUACUGAUAACCAUUCAAUGCAAUGCAAUUCAAUGCAAUGAAAACAAAAUUCAGUUACAGAGGCAGUGCCUCUUGGAGUCGUUGCCUUGUUGUACUGUUCUCAAGUGACUGACUUGAAUCUAGUUCAUUACAGUAUAACUCUGUGAAACUGUAGUAUGGAACCCAUUGGACACUGUGGGCUUUCAGCCAUACUGUAUUUUGUUCUUACACCAUAUACUUUUCCUAGGGUUGCAACAAUUGUUUAUUGAGGAAUCAUGGCCAGUGAUUAUUUAUUGAUAUUUUAAAGGUGUGCACAUUCAUACUCUUAAAAAUUUUUCAUAUUGGGAGUGGAAUUUCCCUGGUGCUACAUGCAUUGCCGGCAAUGAAUGCACCGAAACAGUCAGUGCCAACCAGUUACCAAAAGGCACAGUGUUGUGGCCUUAUUUUGUGGGGGGGGAACCACCUGACCAACUACUCUGUAAAGAUCUGUAUAGACUGGUGGUGGUCAAUUGGUAAUAAUCCUAACCCACAAAGCAUACCAUAUGUAGAUGGUACGCAGAGAUUUGAUAUCCUGUCAUCAUCCGCUGCAGGGGUGGCAGUGUGCACAACUGAACCUUGCAAAUGCAUGGGACUGUCCCACUACCAUUGUGACCAAUCAUCUGCUCCCUAACUAGCCUUUAUGAAGUUAAGUACUUUGCUACUCCUAUAGAGUUGCCACAGUAGUGCCACUUGGACGGCUGCGCAAGGACUGAGUAGAGAGCAGUGGAUGAGAAGCAAAACUAGUGAUCAGCCUAGAGCAGCACACUCACUGGUUGCAUAUGCUGCUAAUGCCAAGAGUAAAUUAUAAAACAAAAGACAGUCACUCUGCUAUGUAGUGUCUAUUGUUGAAUUCCCGUUUGGCAGCAGAAAGGUAACCAGCAUCUGAAAUUUGCUAUUGCUUAGCUCAAAUGUGGUAUCAUUUCUGGCUUUGUCACUUAAACUGAAAACUUGAAAAGAUGUCAAUUUUUUUCAAUAGUAUUAUUUAUAUGUCCUUAAAAAGGCAGCAUAGUUAGGGUAUGGAAAUGCUUCAAUUAGAUCUUUAGCCAUAGUGUAAUUUAUUACAUUAUGUCGGCAUUGUCAUGCUCUGUUUUCAGUGAUAACUUUGUUAUAGGCAUGUAACAUGGUCUGUGCAAAUCCCAGAUUGUGUGUUCUAACAAGUACCACUAGCCCUGGCUUCAGCUACAACAAUUUGCCUGAAACUCCUACAUGGAAACUGAGAUAUGGUUAGAUUAAUGUGCUGUAGUUUCAGUUAUUAGGUGAACCUAACCACAGAAUAUACUUUUGUUCGUGUGGGAAACCACCUCAUUCAAGUUCCCCUUGGGAACAACUAGGCGCAUAAGCUCUAACACCACAGUGACAGCAAUCCGUAAUCUAAAGUUCAAAACUUUACAAAAAAAUGUUUAUCAUGGUGAGAAUUACUGACACCCUCUCUUGUCUGGCUGUGCCAUGGGAGCACAUCUGUACUAAUGUGUUCCUCGGGCACCCCAGCUGUGCUUCAACCCUUAGAGCCAGCCUCAGCUCGAAGCACAUGAGCAGCCCCACUGAGGUCAACAGGGCAACUCGUGCUUUAUGGCCCUUGCUGAACCCGGGCCUCAAAGUUAUUUAUUACCUCUUGAUACUCCUCCAUCAUGACUUGAUUUUUUUCAGUAAAUGCCCUGAAGUCCUACACUAAUAAAUACGGAAAGUGCCAUGAACUGAUCACUUAACAGCAUUAGGCAAUGUGAUGAUUAUUUAUAUACUUCUAGGCAUCUUGGCAUUGAUAAAUUCAACAUUUUAUUAAAUGAAACACUGUGCAAAGAGCUUUGUCCUCACUGUAUUUCUGCAUUGGGAUAAAGCAAACUAAUCUACAGCUCUGCUGAAGUGCCUUUUACAUACUGUAUUCAUAAUUUAAUCCACAGAAUACUGUUGUAGAGGGGAAAGGACAGAAGAAGGGGUUAGUAUACCUCAUUUCUUACAGCAUAAUCUGUAUUGUACUUACAAGAACUCAGACUUCCCUACAGUAUCCUCAUCAAAUGAUUAACAGUAUACAUUAUAUUUUCAGGAGCAGAGCUGGUAUAAAUAUUGUGCCCAAUCCUGCAUCUGUAACUCAUGAUACCAAGGGCUGCAGGAUCAGGGCUAUGAUAUGAUUUUCAGAGUCAAUGAAGUUAAAUGUUAACUGAACAUUUAAUACCUCU